ACUUCCUGCGUGUUUGAUCCCUUACCCCAGAUGACUUUGCCUCCCUGCGUGACCAGUCCCAGCUCGCUGACGUUGACUUCCACCACGGUGCCCUUGGUAAUGACGCCCAGCGAGGUGUAGAGCGGGGACGACGGGUUCUUCUUCACGCCCAGGAUGGGAAGGCAGAAGGUGGCCUUGAGCUCGGGAUGCGUCACGUGGGCCUUCUUGAAGCGCAGACCCUGCGCAAGCGACGCAGUCGGGCUCGGCUCAAGACAUCAGGGCAACUCUUUCUUGCGACUGCGGUGCUGCAGAUGGAGAGCGGGCAGGGUUCUAAAGAGGGCGUCCAGCUUUCUUCCUGGUGAAGAUGUGAAAUCGCCGCGGUCUGUCAUCAGCCCCGAUGUGUCCAAGAUCCGCAACAUCGGCAUCAUGGCCCACAUCGACGCGGGCAAGACCACCACCACGGAGAGGAUGCUUUACUACUCGGGCUACACCCGAGCGCUGGGAGAUGUGGACGACGGAGACACGGUGACGGACUUCAUGGCUCAAGAGCGCGAGCGCGGCAUCACCGUGCAGUCGGCGGCGGUGACCUUUGACUGGAAAGGUCACCGGAUCAACCUGAUCGACACGCCGGGUCACGUGGACUUCACGCUGGAGGUGGAGCGGGCCCUUCGGGUGCUGGACGGGGCCGUCGCCGUGUUCGAUGCGUCCGCGGGGGUGGAGGCCCAGACGCUGACGGUGUGGAGGCAGGCGGAGAAGCACCGCGUGCCGUGCGUGGGCUUCCUCAACAAGAUGGACAAGCCCGCGGCCAGUCUCACUUUGUGUUUGGAAAGCAUCAGGCAGAAGUUGAAAGCCAAUCCCGUCCUGCUCCAGCUUCCCGUCGGCACGGGCCGCAACUUCUCCGGAGUGGUCGACCUGCUGACCAAUCAGAGGCUGACGUGGAAGCCGACGGACGACGGGCGCGUCUACCACGCCGCGCCCCUCGGCGAGUCCCGGGAGGAGGAGGCGGAGCUCCUGCGGGAAGUCCGCCGGGCCCGAAGCGCGCUGAUUGAGCAGGUCGCCGAUCUGGAUGACGACUUUGCCGAACUGCUGCUGACCGACUUCGGCCACGACUUUGACGCCGUUCCUUCCGUCCGGCUCCAGGAGGCAGUGCGGCGGGUCACUCUGACCCGGAAAGGCGUUCCGGUGCUCUGCGGAAGCUCCUUGCGCAACAAAGGCGUGCAGCCGCUCCUGGACGCCGUCGCCGCCUACCUGCCGUCCCCCGAUGACGGCCCCCACGACCUGGCGCGGCGGCACGAGGACGAGCUGUGCGCUCUGGCCUUCAAGGUCCUGCACGACAAGCGGCGCGGCUCUCUGGUCUUCCUUCGGAUCUAUUCGGGAACGCUGCGAGCGCAGGCCGCCGUGCGCAACCUCAACAGGAACAGCACCGAGAGGCUGAGCAGACUCCUGGUGCCUUUCGCCGACCAACACGUGGAAGUCUCGUCCAUGACGGCGGGAAACAUCGCGCUGGCCGUCGGGCUCAAGCAGACGGCGACCGGCGACACCAUCGUCUCCUCCAAAGGGUCGGCGGCCCGCCGAGCGCGGACGGACGCGGUCCUCUCCGGGGUGGAGGUCCCCGACCCCGUCUUCUUCUGCACCAUCGAGCCGCCCACCUUGGCCAAACAGGCGGAUCUUGAGAGCGCGCUCAACAACCUCCAGAGAGAAGACCCCAGUCUCAAAGUCCGGACGGACCCGGACUCCGGACAGAUCAUUCUGUGCGGGAUGGGGGAGCUGCACAUCGAGAUCAUCCACGAUCGGAUACGAAGGGAGUACGCCAUCGAGACUCAACUGGGCCCUUUGCAGGUGGCGUACCGGGAGACCGUCCUCCGGCGGGCCUCCGCCACAGACACGCUGGAGCGCACGGUGGGCGAGAAGAGACACGUGGUGACGGUGGAGCUGGCCGUCCGACCCGCCGAGGAGCGUGCCGCUGCCGCCUCCGCCGGCUCGUGUCAAGUGGCGCUGGCGGAGGAAGCCGCCGCGACCUUGUCUGAAGAAAUGAGGGAGGCGGUGGAGAACGCAGUGCGCGGCUCCUACCUGCAGGGCCCGCUGCUGGGCUCGCCUCUGCAGCGCGUGUCCACCCUGAUCCGAUGCGUCCGGACGGAAGCGGGAACCUCUCCGGCCAUGGUUUCCGCCUGCGUGUCCCGCUGCAUGCUGAAGGCGCUGCGGCUGGCCGGGGGGCAGGUCCUGGAGCCCGUCGUGUCCAUGGAGGUGAGGGUGGAGGAGGAACACCUGGGCGCCGUCUUGGGCGACCUGGCCCAGAGGCGAGGCACGGUUCGGGACAUCCAGAGUCGCCACUGGGAAAAGGUGCUGCUGGCCAGCGUCCCCUUGGCGGAAACCCGGGGCUAUUCCACCGCCCUGCGGACGCUGACCUCGGGCAAGGCCACCUUCUCCAUGGAGCUGGACACCUACCGGGCCAUGAGCGCGCAGGAGCAGAACGCAUUGGUCAAGCGAACGGCCGGAUUGCUGUGAUCGAUUCAAGCCACCUGAGGAACACUUUACCCCACCAUGCUGUCCUCGAUAUUAAAAAAAAAAAAAAAUUAAAAAAGCAAAUUGGA